AUGAACGACAGGUACCACCGGGCGGCCAGUGACGGCUACCUGGACGUGCUGAAGGAGGCCACACGGAAGGAGCUGAACGCACCGGAUGAGGAUGGGAUGACACCGACCUUAUGGGCCGCUUACCACGGCAACCUGGAGGCGCUCCGGCUCAUCGUGGGGAGAGGAGGUGACCCGGACAAGUGUGACAUCUGGGGUAACACACCGCUUCACCUGGCAGCUGCCAACGGCCACCACAACUGCCUGUCCUUCCUGGUGGCUUUCGGUGCCAACGUGUGGUGUCUGGACAAUGACUACCACACACCGCUGGACAUGGCUGCCACCAAGGGCCACAUGGACUGCGUUCGCUACUUGGACUCGAUCGCUGCCAAGCAGAUCACCCUCAACCCAAAACUGGUCAGCAAACUCAAGGACCGGGCUUUCCGUGCCGCAGAGCGCCGGAUCAAAGAGUGCGCAAAGCUCCAGAGGAAGCACCGAGAACGUAUGGAGAGGAAGUUUAUGAAGGAGUCGGCGGCUUUGGACAACCUGGAUGCUAUUAGCUUUUCUAGCUACACCAGCAGCAGCACGCUGAGUCGCAAGUUCAACACAGUCACCUCCAACAUGCCAUACUCGCAGGCCACUCUGCACUCCACAGCCAAGGGCAAGGCCAAGAUACAGAAAAAGCUGGAGAAGAAGAAGCAGGUUGACGGAACGUUCAAGAUCUACGAGGAUGGGAGGAAAAGUGUGCGCUCGCUGUCCGGCCUGCAGCUCAGCAACGAUGUCAUGUUCCUUAAACAGGGCACCUAUGCCAACCCCAAGGAGAGGUCACGCCUCAACAUACGUGACAUGUUCCCCCGCGACAAUGAUGACGACGCCGACACCAUCUCCCGUGCCAUGAGUGACCCAGGCCUCCAUGAGGCUGCGUAUUCGGAGAUCAGCGCAGACUCUGGUCGGGAUUCCCUGUUCACCCGACCUGGGCUUGGCACCAUGGUGUUCAGGAGGAACUAUAUGACUGGGGGCAUGUUUGGCAUUGGGGCACGGGAUGAGGGGAGUGUUGCAGGGAGUGAACCUGUGGGCCGGGCACCUAAUGUUCGUCUACGUGGACAUCUGCCUCGACGCUCACCAAGUUUUGAUGAGGACAGUAUUGGUAGCGCCUUGAGCCUGCAAGAAAGAAAUCUGCAGGAGUUGCCUUGGGAGGAGGCUGAUGUUGAGCUGGACGAGGACAUGGAUCCAGAGAACAGUCCUCUCGAGACCUUCCUGGCCUCACAAAGCCUCAGCGAGUUCAUAGCAAUUUUCAGGAGGGAGAAGAUCGACCUGGCGGCUCUGUUGCUUUGUUCAGAUCAAGACCUCUCCAGCAUUCACAUCCCUCUGGGCCCCAGGAAAAAACUGCUGGAUGCCUGCAAGAGACGUCUGGACACCAUAGAUGAACCAGAGGCCAUUGAAGACACUGAACUUUGAAGGUCAGUGUGUAGAAAUCCAUGUUUUAUUUUAAAAGAGAAGCACCAUUCUUCACUCUUCAUCACUCAUUCCAUUCCAGAUAAACCUGACAUGAGGUACUGUGUUUGCAUGCAUCAGCAUAGCCUUUGGAUGACAUUUAUUGGGGGAUGUCAGAGGACAUGAAUCAGACUGUGGGUGGCCUUUGUUAAUGUUAAACUUAAAAUCACACAGUGGUAAUAAAAAGGUAUUCAGAAA